AUGACCUCGACAGGCGCUCCUCCUCCUCGACCACUUGAGACGACCAUUCCCAUCGAAAAUGGCAGACAAAUCGCCAUGAUCGUGACCUCAACCCUGGCCAUCAUCGUCCCCACGGUCCUCGUGGGCCUGCGCUUCUGGGCCGGCCACAUUACGAACCGACGCCUCGAUGCCAGCGAUGCGUGCAUUGUUGCGGCCCUCUUCUUCACCAUCGGCCUGCACGUCGACAUGUAUAUCAUGGUACUACUCGGCGGGUUCGGGUUCCACGGGUUCGACAUCAUCCAGCGCUUCGGCAUGGACACGCUGGUGCUCUUCCUCAAGGGCAUCCUGGCCUUCCCCAUCAUCUGGAACUUUACCAUCUGCUUCAGCAAGCUGUCGGUGCUGUUCAUGUAUGCAAGCGUGAUCCCCGCCCAAGCCAUGAUCACAGCGUGCCGCGUGGUCGGCCUCUUCAUCAUCUUGUGGAAUGUGGGGGGUAUCUUGGGCGCUUUGUUUUUGUGCCGCCCCUUUGCCUUCAACUGGGAUAAGACAAUGGACGGCACCUGCGGUGACCAGCGAUUGUUCUACAUCUGGCUUGGCGGCAUCAACGUCGUGGUUGAGGCUGUCAUCCUGUUGAUGCCGGUGCCGUUUAUCUACCGCCUGCAGAUGGAGACGUUCAAGAAGUUGGUCGUCAUUGGCUUGUUUAGUGUCGGGUGGAUGACCUGCGCAGUCACCAUCUACCGCCAAGCUACGCUGCCACACCUCUACUUCGAGGACAUGACAUACACGGGCGUCCUAGCCACCAUCUUCACAGGCAUUGAGCCCUCGGUCGCCCUCUCGCUCGCCUGCGUCCCCUUCCUCCGGCCGCUUACCAGGGUGAACAAGUACAACACCAAGAGCGGCCACUCAACCGGCUCGGAGAACAGCCAGUACGGAGGCAGCACGCUCCGGAGCGGCGGCAGAAACAAGGUCCCGUCAGCGUUAAGCGGGAACCGGGCGCCGUUCAAGGAGCUCCACGACGACUCGUCUGAGAUCCAACUUCAGCCGUUGGGCAGCGAUUCGCUAAAGUACGAGGCCGAGGUUAGCCAGGAGCACGAGCAGGAGGGACGGAAGCCGCCUACGAGUGCCGAGUCUGCGGCGGGGGCCAUUGUUGUCAAGAAAAGCUGGAAUGUUGUCCCGGGGACUAGGCCGGGGUCAUGA